UACCAUUUUAAGAAUUUGCAGUAAGGCUAUUUUCUGUAAAAACAAAAAUGAAAUUGUAGCAGGGCCCUGCUACUCUAAAACACAUUUGCAAGUAAGUUGCGGUAACUUGCAGCUGCCAGUAAGUUCCCAAAAUGUCCAACAGUAUAAUGUUGGUUAUAUGCUUCAGAAAACACACAAAAAAAAAACACAUUUCCAAAAUGUAUAUUGUACUGUACAUACUGUAGAUAAUAUUUAAUUACUGUGCUGUGAUGUUUAAAGUUGCGUUCAGUGCUUACAAAACAGCAAUUCAGGUGGUGGACAUUUGACCCCUCGUCUAUUUACAUUUACAAAUAACCUAUUGCUGGGAAAAACUGAAACCACUCCUUCAGAAAACAGGCAAUAAAACAGAAGCAGAGUCCUGUCAUAUUCACUGUGGACUGACUGAAUCGUGCCGUAUACUGUAGACGUGCCAAAAAGUAAACAAACAGGAGUUUUGGCCGUUGUUACCUGUGGGAAGCUCAUCACAUCUGUCUACAACAUGCCUCUGACCAUAUCUCAGGACGAGGGUUUGACGAUUGUCAUGGUCAACUCAAACCCGAAGAGUAAAUGGCCUGUACUGUGCCAGAUUCUGGGUUAUCUGUGCUACAGUCCAGUGUGUUCUGUGUCUCGGAUUAUGAUCGGAAAGCUGGCGAACAUCCACAUUGGUCUCGGGAUUGUGCAGAUGAUCAUUGGCGUCCUCAAUAUUGCAAUGGGGAUUUUGUUAACAUGCCUUGGAUAUUAUGAAAACAUGAAUUACAUUGGCCAGGGACCCUUUUGGAUUGGUGGUGUGGUCCUGGGCGUUGGCGUUGUGUGUAUUCUUGUAGCGAAGUUUCCCUCUUCUUGUCUGCUGAUCAUAGGAAUGCUAAUAAACUUGAUCAGCGCUGGACUGGCCAUCGCUGCUAUUGUGCUGUAUGCAAAAGACCUUUCAUACGGUCAUAAUCAAUACUGUAGAUAUGAUUAUUAUUAUCCAUCUUAUGAGCGUAGAACGCCGACCCCUGAAGAGAGCCAGAGUCUGGUGAUCUGUGAGUACUACAACAGUCUCAAUAAGAUGAUCUGCGGAGGUCUGGAUAUCGUGAUGAUCGUGCUGUCGGUGCUUCAGCUUUGCGUGACCAUCAGUCUCUGUGUUUUGACUUUGAAAAUGUUGUGCAAGAAAACAGAGAAUGCAAAGGAGGAUAUAGAAGAUGGAAAGCCACUUCUGGACGAUGGCAUUGCUGGUGCUGCAUGAUAAAAUAAACACAAAAUCAACAUAGUUAUUUUAAAUGCUUUGCGAAUGUCAUAUUCUACUAAAAUGCAGAUUGCUUUACUGAUUAAAUGAGAUUAAUUACACAUAGUUUGCUUUUUAUAAAAGUGGUGUUACCACUGAUCUGUCUCUCUUUCUGUAUAAACGGAGAUCUGUGCACAUUUCAGUGUCUUUUCAAUUUUGUUAAUAUUUUGGGCUGCUUUCUUAUAAUUAUGAAAAUAAAUGGCUUGAGCAUUUGCAA